AUGCUAAGAAAUCCAGCAAAAUCGGUAGAUGUGAACCGGUUACGAUCAGAUAUUGAAAUUCUAUCUCAACAACUCGAAAUGGUCAAAGCUCGUCUUGAGUCAGCUCUCGCCGACCAGGAAGAACACGAUGAGCAGGAAAAGAGUGCGAAAAAAAUGUUAUCAAGGUUUUCCAGCUUGCUUUUCAGUCCUUAUUAUAUUUAUUUCAGAGACAACUCAAUAGAUUCUCGUCUGUCAACAUCUUUGUUUUCAACAGGGUCUCAAGAAUCUUGCGCACAUACACCGAUUCCUCAGCCUGAGCAUCCAAUAGCAGCAUUACGUACAGGGUCAAAUCUGUCCAGAUUGAACAAACAACUUUCAAUGUCCACAUCGCAUUUGACUCAUUCGAUGUGUGAAGAACCCAACAAAAGGUUAUCAAUGGUGCUGCCAUCAUCUUCGAACAGUGGAUUUUUAACAAACCUGAGAAGACGAGAAACAUUCUCAAAAGUUGAUGAGGUCACGAGAGAACUUAACGCAAGAAUUGGAAAAGUUAAACGAACAGAAAGCCUCUCAAUUGGAAUGAACCGACAACAAGGACCUCCUGUACCUCCACCAAAACCAUUACGAACAUUUCAGGAACAUAUCAGGAAACCUGUUGACCAAUUACAAACUACAACACUGGGUAGAUUCAAUACGAACCACAAACUUAAAAAUGAGAUACAUAAAACACACACAUCCUCCUUCAUGUCAUCAUCAGUAGCUUUUCUAUCAAUGUGCAAUCACCGAGAAUUUGUGGACGCUAUAAAUAAAAGGUUUACACAAGGGCAAUGUUGGUUUUCGAGAGGCGGACAAUUGUUUUUUGUAAACCCAUUCAAUACAGUAUCAUCACCAAGAUGCAACUUCUAUUCUGUUAUUCCAACAAUCACUUCAUCAUUGUUUGAGUCCAAAAGUUCCACCCUAUUUUUAAGAGGUGUAUCUGGAUCUGGAAAGUCGCAUGUUGCUGAGCUAAUCUGCAUGGAUAUUGUGAAACGACUCAAUAGUCACGGUCAACUCAGUCAACUAUUCAAAACCUCACUGGCCCUUCUUCGACCCUUUUUAACAGCCAACAAUCCUUACAACAAUCAAUGUUCGAAAGCAGCACUUCAUUAUGUCUUUCAAACUAAGGAAAAUCGUCUCAACCGGAUAACUCUUUCUCAUUUUCCAAUAGAAUCUAUGAGUCGUGGCUGUCGUGCGAACAUUUUCGCAGUAGUAGCCAACGAUUUGAAUGAAGCAGAUAAGGAUAAAUAUAAGAUCGCUGGAUUUCGAUUACGGGAAACUUGUUAUAACUAUGGAAGUUUUGAUGAGAUCAGGAUUGCGUUAGGAUCAAUUGGGGUUGAUGUCACAGAUGUUUUGAAAAUAAUAUCCGCUUGUAUUUUACUCAACAAUAUCAAUUUCAAAACAGAAAGCACAGCUUCAGAAAUUGAUAACAUUGCUGAUCUUGAGGACGCAUGUAGCUUACUAGGAGUUUCGGCAUUGACAAUGUAUAGAUUUAUGGUGUCAGACACUUUGAUUGAUAGCCGACUGAUGCGUGAUAGUCUUGUAACCGCGUUGUACUCUCGAAUGGUCAAAUACAUCAUUGACAAAAUAAAUCUUCUUCUCGACAUCAUUCCGGAUUCCUACGACCGCACAUCAGUUGUGACAGACUCUGGAAUCAGUGUUGGGACAAUCAACGAGAGCAACCAUACUGUUCACAUUAUUGAUAUUCCCGGAUAUGUUCGAUCUACUCAAAACUCACUGAACGAAUUGAUAGUAAACGCAACGAAUGAUAUAGUACAAUGUACAGACUCUGAUAUGGUUCACGAGUUGCUCAAAAAUGUAGAGUUGUCAACAAGAUCGAAUGACAAUUGGAGUGAUAACAAAACUCCAAAAAUGAUCAAACACUGUACAGAUACUUUUGAGAUACACUAUGACUUGCGGUUGAUGAUCGAAAGAAACACAAAUUGUGUUUCUAGAGAACUGGUGAAUAUGUUCGACUUCCGAACAUGCUCCUUUCCGUUUGCUGUGAAUCUAUUUGCACACGACAUUGAAUCAAUGAUCAUCGACGAGAACUAUCUACCAAGUGCAAUAAAUUGGCCCAACAAUGGCAAAACUGUGAUUCAGAACGUUAUGGAGUCAAUAAAGAAGUUCAAGAAAGAGAUAUCAGAAACAAGUUGUCAACAAAUCAUAUGUUUGAAAUCAAACGAUGCAUUGGAAUAUGCGAGAGUGCAUGAAAACGGGCUGGGUUACCAGUUAAACUUAUAUAGAAGUGUCAUGGCUAGUUCCUGUAUUUCAACCAAUCGAGUCAGCUCAAUUUGUGAUAGAUCGCCUAGCGGAACUUCAAAGGCCACAUUCCAAAGACAAUAUGCUAUCCGAGAAGGCCGGAAACAUUAUUUCCCACAACGAAGGAGUGUCGUCAUUGAUUUCCAAGACCCGUCAAGUGGAGUCAUACUGCGUGCCGGUGAGAUAGUCAAAGCGAUCGGCUUCUCGGGAGAAUGUUAUCUGGUGGAGAGUGGACGAAGAGCCAGAGCAUCUAUCCCAAUUUCAUUCACCGAGAAAAGUGUAGUUGUAGCACAUAAUAUGAAUAAUUAA